AUGGCGCCUUUUGAAGCACUAUACGGGAAGGCGUGUAGGACGCCAUUAUGUUGGACAGAGGUAGGAGAAAGGCCGUUGGUGGGACCAGAGAUUGUGGAUACCACCAACGCUAAUAUCCAACUAAUUAAGGCGAAUUUGAAAGUAGCACAAGACCGACAGAAAAGCAUUGCAGACAAACACUCAAAGGAUCGUGAGUUUACAGUGGGUGACUUUGUAUUCUUGAAGUUGUCUCCCUGGAAAUGUGUUGUUCGUUUUGGUAAGCGAGGAAAGCUGAGUCCUCGAUACGUCGGUCCCUAUCAGAUUAUUGAGAGAAUUUGUGCAAUUGCUUAUAAGUUGGAGCUACCACUGGAGUUGUCACUGAUCCAUAACAUUUUCCAUGUUUCCAUGCUUCAAAAAUAUGUACCAGAUCCCUCUCAUAUCAUCCAGAUAGAGCCAUUGGAAGUAAAUCCAAAUGCUAGCUAUGUAGAAGAACCAGUGGCUAUCCUUAGUAGACAGGAUAAGGUGUUGCGGAACAAAGUUAUUCCUUUGGUAAAGAACCCGGUGAGAAAACCCGACGAGUUCCGUGAAUCAACCCAGCCAUUCUCGACCACAGUCGAGACUCACAGUGGUAUAUUCCCGUUCCCAUCAUUUCAGCUAUCUUCCCUCUUCAUUUUGGUACUUGGUUUGGGUGUUGGAUUGUGA